AUGUCCCUCCGAGCAAGGGCCCUGCCGCGGGAUGCACGCCCUGCCAAGAGAGGGGGCAUCUGGAGACGCCUCUCCUGGCUCUUCUCCAGAAGCGAGAGCAGCCUGAAGGAUCUGCAGGGGCAGGAGGACAGCACGGAUGGUCCCGUCUGCGCUGGCACCUGCCAGGAUGGCAGAGAGAAGGACAGGAGGAAGCAGAAGGGCAGCAAGGAGUCCAGGGCCUUGGCAAGGACGGACAAGCAGGACAAGAGGGUGGCUGGGGGGCGGCGCAGCCUGGAGCCCCCCGUCCCCGGCAGGCCCCCGAAGAAGUCCUCAAAGGCCCACGCCCUCAGCUACUCAGAGUCGGACCUGCGGAGGAACGGCCUCCGGCGCCGCUUCGGCAGCCUGCCCUGGGGGAGACGGCGCAGCAGCCAGCUGGAGCUCUCGGGCCCCAGGGCAGGGGGUCAGGCCUGGCCCUUCGGGCGCCUGGCCAGGCCGGCCGUCGGCAGCGACGUGGACAUGGCAGGCCGGCUGGAGCUGUGCUCCCGGGGCAGAGAGCAGGAGGCUGCGGCUCGGCCCGUGGACGCGGGGGUCUCGGAGCUGGCCAGGCACAGCCCGGUGGAUUUCUUCAGCUCGUGGGACUUCCUGUUGUUCGACGACGAGGACAGCUCUGGGGCAGACUCGGACUUCAACAGUAGCAUCUCCUUGGCCAGCUCCGCCCGCCCUGAGAUGCUUCCAGUGGUCCAGGAACAGCCCAGCCAUCCCUCGGCAUCUGUAGAAGAGCAAGCCGAGAGCAUCUUCCAGGGGCGCGCAGGCAUGGGUGCAGAGACCCAUGCACUCCCCGGCCCCGCAGGAGACCAAACCGAACACCCGGCAGAGCCAACGGGCGCCACUUUGGAGGCUGAGACCUGCCCUGCCAAGGAGCCCCCCCAGAUCUGCUACAAGAUCCUGAUCACCCUGGCCGAGGCCGGCGGGACAAGCAGAGCUGAGCACCCGCCCGGCCGGUGCGAGGAUGGGCGGGGGUCCCCGGAAGCCCCCGAGGCAGCGGGAGACGUGGGCGCUCCUCCAGGGACUGCUGUGUCGUCGCCAACCGAUGAGCAACAAUGUCCCGGGGAACCAGCCCGACCGGCUCCCCGGCUGUCAGCGUGCGAGGAAUUCCAAAACUGCGGGCUGCCAGGGGUGGGUACUCCCAGGGCCACCGGGCAGGUCCGCCCAGUCACGGGGUGCCCAGUAACACCGCUGCAAGGCUCGCAGCACGGACACAGAGAGGACCAGAGAGACCAGAGCCGGCCGUGCUUGCGGGACGUCCCGGCAGCGGGGCGGAGAGCUGGCCUCGCCGCGGGAUCCCCAGCCGGCAGCUCCCGGCGGCCGUGCAGAAGCGGGGAAGGCGAGAAGACCCGGACGGACAGACCGCGGGAGGCCAGUGCAGGGCUUGAUCCCAGCCAGCAUUGCACGGACAAGGUUGCCGGUGGCUUCCCCGCACCCCACGCCAAGGCAGACCCAGGGGUCGUGAGCGCCACGUUCAGCUGGAAGAAAGCACUGCCCGACCAGCCCACGCCGCAGGCGGCCCCCCGCUUCCACAAGAUCGCUCUCGCGUCGCGGAGCAUGGAAGGUGUCGCCCGCCCCCGGGCCAGAGGGGAAAGCCCUUCGCGAGUCUCCCAGCUGCUGGCGGCAUGGGAGAAGGGGCUGGCCGGCCAGAAGAGCGCAGACUCCCCUGCCCCCGCCAGGGUGGACAGGAGGAAACCCCCCACCAUCGCCCGCCCGCCGGACUCGGCUGCUCACGGACCAGUCUUCUCACAGAUUUAUUCACCGGUGCAGAAGCAGAAGCGGCCGGCGGCUGACAGCCCCGCGGUACCCCGGUUCCAGCGGGACGGUGACGUGCCCGGCACUCACGCCGUCAUUGUGCCCCUGGGUUCCCCCCGAGAGACCCCCCUGCAGGGGCCUGUCAGCCCAGCCUCGCCCCUGGAGGCCCCCCAAGACGCCCCCGUGCCCGCUGCCGUGCCAGGCUCCCAGAGCCAACGGCAGGUCCUGAGUACCGCGUUUCAGUCUGAGAGACGCAUUGCCCUGCCCAAAGCCAGGAUGGUCACCGUGCUGAGGUCAGGAAGAAGGGGGGUUAUGCCUGGCUUGGGCAGCCCCCAGGUAAGUGAGCCGCAGCAGGGGAGACCCCACGUGCCCGGCCCCGCUACCAGCAUUUCUCUCACUGGGCCCCAAAGAGAAGGUCAGUGGCCAUGUGCCAAUGGCCUGGGAGAUGCUAGGCCCUCCUGGGAAGGCCUCGUGACAGUGGCCACAGAUGCUGUUGCUGGACUGCAGAGAGACAAUGGCGUGAUGCGGCCUGGGAGUGCUCACGUGAGGGAAACCUGGACCGAUGGCGUUGUGCACGGUGGCAUCACUGGGGCAGAAACGGGCAGCGACAGCAUCUCCAGCCGGGUGGAAACGGGCAGUGACAGCAGCAAUGGCAACGACAGCAUUUUCACCCUGGUGGAAAAGGGCAACGACAGCAGUGAUAGCACCUCCACCCGGGUGGAAAAGAGCAGCGACAGAGUCUCUACCCGGGUGGAAAAGGACAGCGACGGCAGCAACAGCAUUUUCACCCAGGUCGAAAUGGGCAAUGACAGCAGUGAUAGCACCUCCACCCGGGUGGAAAAGAGCAGUGACAGAGUCUCUACCCGGGUGGAAAAGGGCGAUGAUGGCAGCGACAGCAUCUCCACCCGGGUGGAAAUGGGCAGCAACGGCAUUUUCACCCGGGUGGAAAAGGACAGUGACAGCAGUGAUAGCAUCUCCACCCAGGUGGAAAAGAGCAGAGACAGCAGCGACAGCAUUUUCACCCAGGUGGAAAAGGGCAGCGACGGCAGUGACAGAGUCUCUACGUGGGUGGAAAAGGGCAGCGACAGCAUCUCCACCAAGGUGGAAAAGGGCAAUGACAGCAGUGACAGCAUUUUCACUUGCGUGGAAAAGGGCAGCAACAGCAGUGAUAGUAUUUUCACCUGCGUGGAAAAGGGCAGUGACGGCAGCAACAGAGUCUCUACCCGGGUGGAAAAGGGCAGCAACAGCAUUUUCACCUGGGUGGAAAAAGGCAGUGAGAGCAGUGACAGCAUUUUCACUUGUGUGGAAAAGGGCAGUGAUGGCAAUGACAGAGUCUCUACCCGGGUGGAAAAGGGCAGCGACAGCAGUGACAGCAUUUUCACCUGCGUGGAAAAGGGCAGCGAUGGCAGCGACAGAGUCUCUACCCGGGUGGAAAAGGGCAGCAACAGCAUUUUCACCCGGGUGGAAAAGGGCAGUGACAGUGUCUUGGACCCAGCUGGCUCUGGCUCCAUGGGGCUGGCUGAAGGCUGCAGAGCCCCGGAUGCCGAGGGAGCCCCGCUAACAGCCCCCCAAAGGGCAGCAGGCUCUGUAGAAAGCCAAGCUCCAGCUCUCUUCGCUGGUACGGAGGGGUGUCUGCGGGCCCAAGAGCCUGCCUCCCACACUGAGGCAACGGAGCAGGGGGAGAGGCUGGAAGAGGGCCGUCGGGGCAUGACUCCCUCCCCAGGGGCCUUUUGUCCCAGCCAGGCCACAGAGAGUCCCAGCGAGGUGGCGGAUGAGGACCCCGAGCUGGCUGUCGACAUGGAGCUGUUCGUGGACACCCUCCGUAACAUGGAGCCCUCAGAAAUACGGAAGCCCCUGAAGGUGCAUAAGCAGCCGCGUCGUUCCUCGCUGGGCAUGAACCGAGCCCUGCCACCCAUCCACGAGGACCACAUCACGCCCAGGUCCCAGGUUCCCUUCCCAGAAGCCCUCAACAAGCUCUGGGCAAUGACAGAAGGGGACGGCCGCAAGGAGAAGGGGCCGGCUGGCGGGCGCAUGGAGGAGGAGGAGGAGGAGGAAGAGAUCCAGAACCCGUAUCUCAGUGAGGACGAGAAGCCCCCAGUCCAGGAGGAGCCCAGGAAGGUUUACUCCUGGGAAGACCAGUCCUCCGAGACGGCGGAGGACUACCUGUCUCUGUUGGCGAAGCUGAAGCAGCCACCGGGGGACGAGAAGGCCAAGGUCUCUGUCCCCAGGAUCACAAUGGAUCAAAGCAUUCUGUUCAGGGCCAACGUCCUCAAAGGCAUGGCGCUGGUUUCAGACUUCCUGGAGCACAAGGCAGCACCCACGGACAACAAGCCCUACUCCCGCCUGGACAACAGCGUCCUCUACAGCCGCUACAGGGCCUCCGCCGCCUCCGCAUCCAAGGAGCUGGAGAAGCAGCAAGAAAGCAGAAACCCGCCCAGCCCGGUUGACCUGGCGCUGCUCCAGGCCACUGAGCAGAACCAGCCUCCGCCCAACGGGCCAAAGUCCGGCGAGCGUCUGCCCUCCGAGCCCUCCCCGGAGGUGCUGGAAGUCGGCUCUCCAGGUGCUGAGAAGGCCCCAGGCUCAGAGCAAAGCCCGGACCAGACGCCUCCAGCCUCCCGGGAGGUUGAGCCAGAAAGCACCCCUCUCCGACACCCCGAGCACCCUGAAAUGCAGCAAAAAAAGAUGAGACCCUCCAAGAAGAUCAAUGUGAGACCUGGCAAGAUCAUCCUCUACUCCGAGCCAGGCUUCACGGGCCAGAAGCGAGAGCUCUGGGGGGACGUCCAGGAUGCCACCUCCUGGGAGCUCUCCCCCACCAUCUCUGUCCGCGUGAUCCGAGGAGGCUGGGUGAUGUACGAGAAGCCGCAGUUCCACGGGAGGAAGUGCGUGCUGGCCGAGGGGGACGUGGAGAUCAGCAACCCCUGGGCAGCCUACCAGCGGGCCGGGGAGGCUCCCGAGAACGUGCCUUUCCGUAUCGGCUCCUUCAAGAGGGUCGUGCAGGACUACCGGACCCCCGAGAUCAACUUGUUCAGCAAAGAGAAUGGGGAAGGCGCCAAAGCCAGGUUCAUGGAUUCCUCAGAGGACACCCGGACCCAGGGCAAGGCCUUGACAGCUGCCUCCAUCAUAGUCCACUCGGGCCUGUGGCUGAUCUACUCCAAGCCCUUCUUUGACGACGACCCCUACGUCCUGGAGCCGGGCGGCUACCCCAGCCUAAAAGCGUGGGGCGCCAGGGACCCUUCCAUCUGCUCCAUGCAUCCUCUCAAACUGGGCUGCCCCGUGGUGGAGAAACCUGGAGAGCCCAAGGCAGUGGUUUACGAGAAGGCCCAUUUCCAGGGCCACAGCUGCCAAGUGAGCCGAGACGUCUAUGACCUGAAGAAGCAGGAGGGUGGCCAGGGCCCUGGCAUGGCCACGGUGGGGUCUUUGCGCAUCCUGGGAGGCUGCUGGGUUGGCUAUGGCAAGGCAGGCUUUCGGGGUCACCAGUACCUGCUGGAGGAAGGAGAAUACCCUGACUGGACGCAGUGGGGAGGCUACAGCAAGGAGCUCGUGUCGCUACGUGUGAUCCGGACGGACUUCUUGGACCCAGCACUGGUGCUUUUCGAGGCCAUGGACUUUGAGGACGGUCCCAGUGUGGAGCUGAGCGAAGCCCUGCCGGACGUGUCGCUGGCUCGCUAUGGAAGCAAAACCCAGUCCAUCAACGUGUUGAGCGGCGUGUGGGUGGCUUACGAGGGCACGAACUUCUCUGGCGAGCAGUACGUCCUGGAGAAAGGGGUGUAUCGGAGCUGUGAAGACUGGGGAGCCAGCAACUGCCAGAUUGGCUCCGUGCAGCCGGUCCUCCAGGUUGGGGAGCACAGCCUGCACUUUGUGUCCAGGAUCCAGCUGUUCUCGCACCCCGACUUCCUGGGCCAUCACAUCUCCUUCGAGGAUGACCAGGGAGCCCUGCCUGAGUCCUUUGCCCCCCAGUCCUGCCGAGUCCACGGGGGCAGCUGGAUCCUCUACGACGGGCAGGACUUCGAGGGAGAGCAGCACGUCCUGUCCGAGGGCGAGUACCCGUCUCUCAGCGCCAUGGGCUGCAUCUCUGCCGCGGCCGUCCAGUCCCUCAAGAAGGUCCCUCUAGUCUUCUCCGAGCCCUCCAUCUUCCUGCAUGGCCUGGAGUGCUUUGAAGGCAAGGAGAUUGAGCUGAACAGCGAGGUGAGGAGCCUGCAGGCUGAGGGCUUCAACAACCACGUGCUGUCUGUGCGCAUCAAAGGUGGCAUCUGGGUGCUCUGUGAGCACAGCGAUUUCCGGGGCCGGCAGUGGCUGCUGGACGUGACGGAGAUCACCAACUGGCUGACGUACAGCGGGCUGCAGCACGUCGGCUCCCUCUAUCCCAUCCGGCAGCGGCGGAUCUACUUCCGGCUCAAAAAUGAGGGGCUGGAGCUCUUCCUGUCCGUGCCGGAUGACGUGGAGGACAUGAAAGCUGGGCGCGUGGUGACCUCAGCCCUCGGCGAGCAGAGCAGUACCGUCUGGUACUACGAGGAGGGACUCCUCAAAAACCAGGUGGCCCCCACCAUGAGCCUUCAGGUGAUCGGCCCUGUGGGAAAAGGUGCCAAGGUGGUGCUGUGGUCUGAGACCCGCAUCCCCCGCCAGACCUGGAGAAUUGAUGACUCUGGGCGCAUCUGGAGCCAGAUGUUUGAAGACAGGAUCCUGGAUGUGAAAGGGGGCCAGUCCUACGACCGGGACCACGCCGUCCUCUGGGACGUGGCUGAGGAGAGGCCCACGCAGAGAUGGGAUCUGCAAGUGCUCUGAGGGCCGGACCCUGUUGGAGAUGCCUGACCCCCCUGCACCCUGCCAGCCCUUCAGGGGGUCUCACUGGGCUCUUCAGACUGGGGAGCAGGGGCCUGCCAGAUGCACCUGGGGGGCACGUCUCCCGACCCUGUGCCCCACUGUACCAGGCUGGGACGGCUCCAGCUCGACCCUUCAGCAUCUCCAGGGACUCCUUGCCGCUGGAGCUCGUCCUGCUUCUGGCCCCUGGCCCUCCCCGGAGGAUGCAGGGGAAUGGCCGGUUCCUGGAGGCCUUCUCCGCCGGAGCCUUGUGCGGGGCCCUGAUGUGACUGAGGACUGGAACACAGUCCCCUCCCUCGCUGCUCCCCGGGGCUGUAUUUAUCUGCGUGGGACUGUAUUUAAGAGUGUGUGUAAGAGAGGACCCUUUUCUAGCACCAGCCGUGGCCUGAGGGGUCCAUUUUUGCUG